CCAUUCUACACUCAUUGGAGACCUACGAGGGGUGCACCACGCGGUGCAGCUAGGCACCUGGGCAGACAGGCACAGCACCUGGGACUGCGGUGCAGCUCUUAGUAGGACUUUUCCAGACCGUCCGGGUGCUUCUCUUACCAUUUUGCCAUUUUACACGGUAAACCCAGGCGCCAUUCCGCGAGUCUUGCAGCCGUGCCUGCCGGCCUCGGAGCCGCCUGUCAGCCGCUGUUCGGGAGCUUGUGUUCGGUCGCACUGACUCCAACCGCAGGGUUCCUUCCUGCUACAGUAUGUACCCAGGUAUCUUUGGAUUUUACCUCACAUCUCUCUGGUGAUACCGAGCCACAUGAGCCAGUUCUGCGUGGUGAACUCCUAGAUACGAAAUGGAGGAGACUUUCCAGCUGUUUACAUCUCUGCGGUUUGACCCCUCGCUGCUUCGGCUUGGAGGGAGUCAGCAGGAUGACCUUGGCUGGAAUUCCACCAAGCCGUCUGCUUAUUAUAUGCUGGACUACCACCGCGAUCGCAUUCUGAAGGCAGCAUCGUACUGGGGCUGGGAAAAGGCACUUGCGGUCCUUGAAGGGACGGACGGACUGGCGAGAUUGGAGUCCUUCGUAAACGACCACCUUGGCCAGGACACGAGCGGUGAGCCUAGGAGAGUCAAGGUGCUUCUAUCGCCCGAAGGGCAGCUCGGUCUGGAGUCAUCGGUUGUCCCCACAACGUCCCUGGCGAAUCUGUUUCCCAAAAAGCUAGUUGGAUCAGACGUGGACAGCUCUGCUCGUGACCAAGAGUCACCCCUGGGCCAGCUUCGACUAUCGCCACCAUAUGUUGUCCACCUUGACGCCAAUCCCACGCGUCGCUCUGAGUAUACCCAUUACAAGACCACCAAGCGCCAGAUGUAUGACCAAGCUCGUGCGCGGGCCGGCCUGAAGCCCACUGAUGCCACUCAGGAGGUGCUCAUCGUGGACGAGGCUACGGGUUCUAUCAUGGAGGGCAGCUUGACGACUCCUUACUUCUUCCGGGGAGGGAGGUGGGUCACACCUCCUGUUGCUGAGAAGUACAGUACAGACCACGGCAGCGGUGGGCAGGAUGGCACGACCAGGCGAUGGGCCUUGGAGCGGGGGCUGGCCGUGGAGGAAGAGAUCAAGGCACGAGAUGUCGCUGAUGGCGAAGCGGUUUGGUUGAGCAAUGGGGUCAGGGGGUUUGUCUUUGGCAGGAUACGGAAGACGGCCGGUUGAACAGCACCUGGCCGGGGGCUCGGCAGCAAGCGACUGAGGCCGGAGGGGCGAUGGGGUGAGAGAAGCUGCAAUUCAACUUGCCUUGCCAGAUGACGGAUCUCAAGUAGGAGUCCGUAAAAGCAUCCAAACUCCCAUUGGCAGACGGAUUUGUCUUGAUAGGCUACUUAUUGUGGUUUGAUGUCGAAGAACGUGACUGUUGGGUGAGCUGCCCAACUUGUAUGAGCCUAAAAAGUCCAUGUUGCACAUGAAGUCUCAGCACGUGUGAGCAAUCGGUUGUUGCGUAGCACUUCUCGAUGACAGCCAGUCGACCGGUGGCAACAGCCCCAUAUCACUGUGUACCUAGCUCCGAUACGAGCCAUCAUCACGAUCGAACAGUCCUUGUAAACCGGCUUUACCUGUUAGACUUGAAUCAAAAGAAGAGGACGGUACUGUGGUUUCCACCCAUUUUGGACAGCUAUUUCGAACACAGAUGAAUGCACUCCAUCAUGGCCUGUCAUGGAUAUGGACGGCAAAGGAAGAAGGUGAGCUCACCUGGGCCUGACAGGGACCUCCAGGCUUGGCACUCGGGUUGGCCUGCCAGCAGGAACGCGGCAAUACGAAGAGUUGAUAUGCGUGAUGUGGGCUUGCGUCAUUGAACAAUCUGAUCCGUCUUUGCACUCACGCAGCUAUAUGGCAUAUAAGUAUAGACCAGCAUCCUUAUGUACUGGACGCGUAAGACUGUAUCCAGGAGUCAAGGCCAACUGAGCCGAAGUCAGCGUCAUAAUGUCAAGGAAUCGAGGGGAACAUGAGGGCCAUUUAUUAGUGCAACAGGUGACAAAAGAACGAACAAGACCUACACUCGCUGCUGGUCUGCUGCGUCGUCAACAUGUCGUUAAGAAACAAGCUUUCGCAAACCCGCCCGUUGCAACCCAAGAAUAGUGCAACAUGUCCAGGGGGCCUGAUGGCACGGCGGUUCGCAAACCCACC